AUGUCGGCAUUUGUCGCUGCAAUUGCGACGCGCGUGUCCGACUCGGCAGAUGCUGUCGCUCGCUCAGUUGCGCCAGUCGAUACAGACGGUGCCGGAACUCUGGCAGACGUCCUCCACAAGAGUGCACAAGAUGUUGCUAUCUUUGCUGAACGUGGUCCAGGCUUUCGCCUGAGAGACAUUCCUGCUUAUAUUGAUGCAAUCAAAAAUAUCAAUGGCGGAGAGGGCAUGGACGACCGAAAGAUGUUUCUCGAGAAGGUCCUCGUUUUGAUGUCGCGCCUGCCGGACGACAGUGAAUUCGCGAAGUCACUCCAAGUUUUUGUCAUCGACACGCUAUACAAAGACCUCCCUCAUCCACCUGCUGCAUACAUUCCGACACUGUCUGCUGGUGGGGGUGCACACUCGUAUCCAUCCACAAGUGCUGCAAGUUAUGCUAAUGUGAACAGUCAUGCCAAUGGACAUGCAAAUGGGUCUGCCCACCAUGACUCAGAGUCCCACGCACGCCGUCCUUACUCGGACCCAUCUUACAACGCACGACGGCCAUAUGCUGCACGAAGCGCCGAUGGCACCGGCUAUAGCACAGUGUAUCCUGAUAUGGGAGCAGCGCGCAAGCCGUAUGCCCGAACCGUACCUUCGACGCAUGCGUAUUCGCGCUGGCCGGACGCUGGUCUCGUAUUCGAUGCGCUUUUGGCGCGGCAGCCCUCCGGUACGACUAACGGCAUCUUGCCUUCGUCAAAUCCAGACGCGAUUCCUGGACAUACGACGCUUCCACCAACGAACAACAGAGGGUUUGCACCUCAACCCGGCGGACUCAGUUCGUUGUUUUUCGCAUUCGCUGAUCUUGUUAUCCAUUCGUGUUUCAACACAAGCCAUUCUGACUGGGGCAUCAAUAACGUAUCUUCCUAUCUCGACUUGAGCCCUCUAUACGGUAGCAGCGAUGCAGACUUGCAAAAAGUAAGGCGAUUCGACGGAACAGGUAGGCUAUGGGAGGAUGUAUUUGCGGACGCAAGGGUGCUCUUUAUGCCUCCAAGCGUACCAGCUCUACUCGUCUUAUUUUGCAGGAAUCAUAAUUUCAUCGCUUCAAAACUCCUGGCAAUCAACGAAUCAGGCACGUUCAAAUCUGGCGAAGCGCUUGCAGACCUGAGCGACGAGGAUAGAAAGGCCCAAGAUGAUGAACUUUUUGCACGUGCCAGACUCGUAAACUGCGGCUGGUUUAUGCGUGUUAUCCUGGGCGACUAUGUCGGUGCUAUUUUAGGACUGGUGAGGGAUGGCUUGGAAUGGCGCUUGGACCCAUUGGCUGAGUCGCGUGAGCCAGACCAUUCUGUGAGCCCUCGGGGUGAAGGCAAUGUUGUGUCCCUCGAAUUCAACCUUCUUUACCGUUGGCAUGCUGCAAUCAGUGAACGCGACACGGCUUGGACAGAGCAUGCAUUCGAAGAGUACUUCGAGACUACAGACUUCAAAUCUAUUACGAUAGAACAGUUUGAGCGUACUUUGGCACAAAAGCUUCGCCCCGAUCCGGAUGUAAGAAAGUGGACGUUCGAUAACGUGGACAAUCAACCUCUUGCUCGUGAUCCAUCCACGGGUGGCUUUAAUGAUGGAGACCUCGCUGCCCUCAUACAGGCAGCGACAGCAGCACCUGCUGGCGCGUUUAAGGCACGCGGUAUACCCGAAGUCCUCCGCGUGGUGGAGAUAAUGGGUAUUGAGCAAGCGCGCCAAUGGGGAACCGCUACGAUGAAUGAGUUUAGGCAAUUUAUGGGACUGAAGCCGUUUUCGAGCUUUGAAGAAUGGAACUCGGACCCAGAAAUACAUAAAACUGCGGAGAUGCUCUACGGCGAUAUUGAUAAUCUCGAACUUCAUGUUGGUCUCCAAGCAGAGGAGGCGAAGCCUCCUAUUCCUGGGGCAGGGCUUUGUCCUGGCUAUACAAUCUCUCGUGCCAUCCUUUCGGACGCCGUUGCUCUCGUCAGAGGCGAUAGAUUCCUUACGACCGACUUCACCGUCUACAACCUAACGUCGUGGGGCUACUUAGAUUGCUUCCCACAGAAGUAUGACGGUGCAUACGGCGGUGUACUCACGCGUCUGCUAUACCGCACUCUUCCAGAAUAUUAUCCUGCUCGGUCGACGUAUGCGCGUUUCCCAUUCAUGGUUCCUAGCGAAAUGCGUGGAUACCUUUUCAAGCUCGUCAAUAGUCCGGUUAGAAAUUAUGAAUUUGCACCUCCAAAGCCUCCGGCUCCCGUAGUUGUGCUGAGGGAUUACAAGAAUGUGAAAGUGGUCUUAGCGAGACCAGACGAAUACAAAUCCGACGCGAAGCAGAAGAUAGUUGAGUUGACCAGUGACACUACGCUCGACAUUCACCUCGUCAACAAAACGCUCAAUUUCUUCAUCGAAAGGAGAAACUAUCCCUCUAUCUUUGAACACAUUGCAGGCAAGCUCAUCGAGGAAAAAUCCAUCUCGUGCCCCGGUUCGAGAAACGUCAAGUAUAUUGACGUUGUUCGGGACGUCAUUAACCUUGUACCAGUCUACUUUGUCGCGACAGAACUCAUGGGCCUGCCGAUUAAGACUGACGACACGCCACGCGGUCUAUUCCGUGAUACGGAAUUUGCGGCUAUGUUCAUGGACGUUUGCAACUUUGUUUUCAUAAACACAGAUGGGUACAUGGACUGGGUGUUACGCGAGAGGUCGACAAGGUCUACUCGGAAGGUCACUGAGAAUUUGAGCGAACACCUAAAGAGGCUUUCGCAAAGGAGCAUCGUGGGCAAACUUGCAGACUCUGUUCUGCAGUGGUAUACCGGCGAAGACAAUUUUAGCGACACGUUCCUCGCCAAAGUUCUUAGUAGCACAAUGCACGAUAGGAGAACACUCGUGAACAGCUUAUUCGGAGCUCUUAUUCCUUCAAUCUCGCUGUUCUCGAAGUCAAUUUCGCAUAUUCUGGACUUUUUCCUGCAGGACGAGCAGGCGGACGUCCGGAGAGAUCUAGUAGCCUUGUGCAACACUGGCUCAGCAAGGGCUGAUAAGGAGGUAUACCAACUUGCAUGUGAAGCACUCCGUCUCAAUCCCCCAGUGUUGAGUCUGAUGAGGAAAGAGAGUAACCCUGGCGGCGAACCAGCUAAAGUGUACCUUAGUAUUGUGGAAGCGAAUCUCGACCCGACGGCUUUUGGAGACAACCCUAGCUCUCUUGAUUAUAGACACCUCCCAGGGCAAGCCCUCCUCGGUCUGGAGGAGUACGGACUUACAAAUUCGACGUUCUUUGAGUCGAUCGUUCCAAGGGUUCUCCGCGCUAUCUUCACCUUGAAGAAUGUCCAGAGGGCAACAGGGCCCAUGGGCACGCUUAACAGGAUCGUCGAGACUGAGCGUGGCUGUCCUGAAGUCGAGUACUUGGAUGAGAAGAGUGAGAUCACGCCAUUCCCUGUGUCUAUGGUUAUUCAGUACGAAGUGUGAAGUCGUUUAGGAUGCCCCACGUCAGCAACCGUGUUUCAGUUAUGGACUUGACGCUCAGAAUCAAUUCCGACCCCUUAAAGAAAUACAAAACCACGAGUAUUAAUAGUCUAUCGUAUUUGUGCC